AAAAAUAUUCAUCUUUUCAAUUAUAAUAAAGUAAUAAACCCUUAAAUUAUAAUGCAAAAUGUAAACAAAGUAAAGGAGAAUGUGAAAAAGAAAAAUAAAAUGGCUUUUCAAACCAAAAGAAGUAUAAAAAAGAAAAGAAAAAAACCAUCCCCCACCUUCUGUCCUUCACAUUCACUUUCACACACACUCUUUCUGCUACAUCCCCUUUUCAUUCUCUGUAGGCUGCUCCCAUGGAAAUCACGCCAUCAUCCCAACACUUUUCAUUUUCACCAUUCAAACUCUGAAAUCUACAACGCCGGCCGCCGAACGUAAAUCAUGGUCCGUAACGGCGGAGUUGAGAGUCCAUCUCCACGACCUCGAAUCCACCAGACGCAUCCUCACGACACGCCUCUUUUCCAGUCCACCGUCUCCGAACGCAAGCUCCGCCGCUUCAAUAUAUCGAUUUUUAUCUUCCGUUUGGCCGCUUUUGGUUCCUCCAUCUCCUCCGCCGUUUUCAUGCUCACCACCAACACCGCCUCCUCAUCGGAUACCCCUCGUUGGUACCACUUCGGCGCCUUCCGAUUCGUUGUCGCUGCAAACGCGAUCGUCGCUUUAUAUUCAUUUUUCGAAAUGGGAGCUUCUGUUUGGGAAAUUUCUAGAGGUGCUACCGUUUUCUCAGAGUUCACUCAAGUCUGGUUCGAUUUCGGACACGAUCAGGUGUUUGCGUACUUGUUGCUGUCUGCCGGCUCGGCGGCGACGGAGCUUGCCAGACAACUGAGAGCGAUUGCCACGUGUACGGCUAAUAACACCUUUUGCGUCCAAUCCGAUAUCGCCGUGGCCUUGGGAUUCGCCGGAUUUUUGUUCCUCUUGAUCUCGUCUUUGCUUUCGGGAUUCAGAGUCGUCUGUUUCACAAUCAACGGCUCUCGUUUUGUUCUCUAGUAUGAGGACUGAUACAGGUGAUUGCUGAUGCUAGAAGUUACUGUGUGAUGCGACAUGAUUUCUUAUGGUGUAGUCGCGUACGCCGUUUUGGUCAUGAUAAGUGAAUUUUUUUGUUCAUUUAGUUUUCACCGGAAUUGAAAAUAUUCAUCUUCAGAAUAAAUAAUUAAAAUAGUAAAAAUUGAAAAUUAAUUACAUAAGUGGGAAGUUGAUUUGUUAUGGUAAAUCAAUUUAUUGGAAGUGUAUUUGGGUAAUUUUUUUAGUAUACAUCAGACAAUAUCGAACCUAUGUUAAAUUGCUAGAAAAAUCUUAAUAUUUUUUGAAACAUUUCACUUUAGUUCUAAAUUUUAUUUUUUGAAUAGAAAAAUCCUGAUUAUUUGAUUUUACACGAUAAUAUAUCAUUUCCAUUUAAAAUAAAAAAAUGACUCUUUUGUUAAAGUGAGACAAAAUGAAAUAAUCAAUUUCUUUUUGUUCAAAAAAUAGAAGUGGGGACUAAAGUGAAACUUUUCUGAAAAUAUUAGGACUUUUCUAAUUAUUUUCUCCGAAUUUAUUGGAAGUGUUGAUAUAUUACCAUUAUUACUUGUUGUAAGAAAGUUACACUUUAUAAGACUAUAUGUGUCUAAGACAAUUACCGAAAAACAUAAUAAACUAUUGGUUUUGUUUA